AUAACUAAUAAUCAUAUACAGAAUCAACGAAAAUCUGUCUCUUGCUCUGUGUGUGUAUAGACAUAGUAUAGAGGGAGGAAGAAAAUGGAACUGAAAGUCUACAGCGAUCGCCUGUCUCAGCCAUCACGCACAAUCCUCAUCUUCUGCAAAGCAAAUGGGAUAGAGUUUGAGGAGGUUAAGAUUGAUCUUGGCAAAGGCCAGCACCUCUCUGCUGAAUAUGCAGCACUCAAUCCCAUGAAACAAGUUCCAGCUAUUGUACAUGGUGAUUUCAAGCUUUUUGAGAGUCAUGCAAUACUUAUCUAUCUGGCUUCUGCAUUUCCUGGAGUUGCUCAUCAUUGGUACCCGGCAGAUAUACGCGAGAGAGCAAAGGUCCACGCAGUGCUAGAUUGGCAUCACACAAACCUGCGCCGUGGCUCUAUUGGAUUUAUCUUCAACAACACUGUAUGUUUGGCGUUUGGAAUCCCUGUGAACCCUGUAGCAGCAGCGAAAGGCGAAAAACUUCUCUCAGCAUCUCUUGCAAGAAUUGAGUCAUUUUGGCUCCAAGAAGAUGGACCAUUUUUACUUGGAAAUGCAAAGCCCACAAUUGCUGAUUUGGCUUUAGUAUGUGAGAUCAUGCAACUUGAGGCUGGAGACAAGGAUGAUCGAGAUCGUAUUCUGAGUCCCCACAAGAGGGUAGUGAAGUGGAUGGAGGAUGUGAAGAUUGCAAGUGCACCUCAUUUUGAGGAAGUUCAUGCGAUAAUGGGUCCGGUGAGAGACAAACUAAAGCAAUUGAAGAUCCAAGCUAUUGAAAAGUCAGAGUGAUCUGAAAAUGUAGUUAACUUCCUAAGGGGUGUGAUCAAAUAAUAAACGAGGUAUGACAAUAACACUUUCUUCAACCACUUGAACACUCAAACAAUUUGUUACCCAUUUGGAGAUGCCAAAUUGAGCUGCGUCUUUCCCUUUAAAAGUAAAAAAGUCUGUCAAACGUGGAAUUAUUUCCCUA